GUGUGAAGCAGAGCCGGCUGGUGCAGUUAACCGCGCGAUCAUUCAAGGGGGUGCGUGUUCGAUUUAACAAGCUUGGUAUAUUGCCCUUAAAAGUUAUUCCGGGCAGUAGUUAAUGGAACCGUAAAAUAACCCCCUCCCCUCCAUGCUUUUCCCGUGAGCUGUCCCAUUUUGUAUGGAAUCUGCACACACCUGCGCCAGAAAGCCCCAGGGUUCAACCAUGGAUCAUGCAGCAGGUGACGCCGGAUCUGACAAAGUCAUGUUGGGGGGAGGGGUGAUAUGGAAUAAAAUAAUUAUGUUUCUGUUUGCUGCAAACACCGGCCUGUUUGAACAACUGGGGACAACUAUUCAAGCGCUAAUGUGAAGAGUUGCCCUUAUUUGCUGAGGUGUAUGAGAGAAGACCACACUGUGACAUGCUUGCUCUAGUCUCAGCCUCAGCACAGUCUUGCUCGGUUUCCCAGGCAAAUUAAAGUGAAACUCCACCCAAAAACAGAAUGAAAAAAAGAGUUGAUAGAUCACACACGGAAGACUGAAUGAAUCAAGUGGGGACUUCAUGCCUACAAGCUCUUUAAUCAGCCAGCUAGACCCUGAAUUCUGACAUGGAGCAAGCAGAAAAUUUGAAUGGAAAUAUAUACAAGGGAUAUUGUGACGAUAACAAAGGGGACCAGGAGAAUUUUCAGACUGGUGAAAAUGACAAAGGCGGUAAUGCUCCUUAUUUUGUGGAAACCCCUUACGGCUACCAGUUAGAUUUGGAUUUUCUUAAAUAUGUGGAGGACAUACAAAAAGGAAACACUAUCAAAAAAGUCUCUCUUCUGAAAAAGCGUAAGCUGGUUCCAAACUUUGCAGAGGGUAGGAAUCCUCCCAGCCAAGAAGCUGGUUGGCCCUCAACAGACUCUCUCUCAUCUUCCAACAGCGAUGACAAUAAACAUUCUCCUUCUCUGUUAACUCGGAGACAUACUGUUUCUAACACUGCCAGGCCAUCGUCUCAAGAAGCAUCUCCGAGUUUUCUGACUGUGCCUGAGAAUAAGCAAUUGCCACCUCCUUCUCCCCAGAUACCCCAGCACAAUUUUCAUGUUACCAAAACUUUAAUGGAAACUCGAAGAAGGCUAGAGCAGGAAAAAAUCAUCAUGCAGGUCGCUUCUUCCUACAACGAUAUACGUCGGCCGAGGCUCGCUAGUUUUGGUGGCAUGGGAUCUACUGGUUCACUGUCAUCUGUUACAGGAACUACAGGUCACAACUUAACUGCACAACAGCUUCAAAAUGGACACCAAGCCAAUGGAGAUUACAGUGUCUUAUUUGCCUCAUCUUUAGGAAGCUCCAUACGUCACAGCCCACUAAGUUCUGGUAUCUCUACCCCUGUGACUAACGUUAGCCCCAUGCAUCUCCAUCACAUCAGAGAACAGAUGGCUAUUGCACUAAAGCGUUUAAAAGAACUCGAAGAACAGGUUAAAACGAUCCCCGUACUGCAGGUUAAGAUUUCAGUAUUACAGGAAGAGAAAAGGCAGCUUAUGUCAGAAAUCAAAAGCCAGAAGCUAAGCAACCAAAAAGACACUGCAGGUUUCCGGAAGAGAUCUUACAGUGCAGGAAAUGCUGCCUGUUUUGAACCACCGUCUAGGGUCAGAUCUGCUGGGGAGUUACAUAUCGACUCUGAUGAUGAAAUGGAAACGCCAGAGCAGAAUUCUCAGACACUUAAAGAGUUUAGGCAGUUGACAGCUGAAAUGCAAGCUCUGGAAAAAAAAAUAUAUGACAGUAGCGUAGAGACCUACUGCCCUGACAAUCUACCGAGAGAGAUUAAAACAAAAGAAAAAGGCAGCAGGUCUGUUGCUGUCGGUGCUGAUGAAAAUAUGAACGACAUAAUAAUAUGUUAUAAAUCUGUGAAAUCUACUCGGGAUGCCUCUGUGGGAACAGAAGUGCAAGUGAAAAACCUUGGGGUUGGAGUAACGGAGGAAAUGCUCGGUGUGACUUCAGAAGCUGAAAGAGAAUUUGAACUCCAGCAACAAACAAUUGAAGCACUUAAAGAUAAAAUCUAUCGUUUAGAAACAGACUUAAGGGAAACGACAUAUGCCAUGGAAAUGACCAAACUAAAGCUGGAGAUAAAAGCAGCAGGGUCACGAAAAAACGUAGACAAAGCAGUAUUGGCUCAACCCCUAAUGUACAGCAGGAGCACAGAAGCUAGUGUAGAAAUGAAGGACCAAAGUAUUGGAGAUCAUGUUGAUGUAAUAGAUGCUUGUGUUGGUGACAGCUUACAAACUGUUAGUGUUGGUGUUUUAUGUAGUCCUAUUGUUCAGAAUGCAGCUGCGGGCUCCAACCUGCCAAUGAAUAGCUGGAUUGUGAAAAAGAAAGUAGAAAUGUGUGACACUGGAACAGGGAGGGAUCUUGACUUUUGUGACAAGUGUGUCGGCACUGACCAGGCGCUGUUUGAAGUUGCUCUUAAUAUAAAGGAGCCUGUAGAUCAGCGGGACAGAAAAGCAGAUCUUAAAGCCAAGGAAUUAAGAUCCGUAGGAUGUGGAGAUGGUUCAGUAGAUGUUACCAUUAAGCCUGUGAUAGAAAGUGUGUCAUGUGGGGUAAACACAGAAUUUGUGAACAAAGUAGAUUCUGCAGUGACCGCAUCACCUUGCAUGGCAAGCCAACAAACCAACACUGAAAUGGACACGGCAAGUCAGUAUACAAACACAGACACACAAUGUUUUGUUGAUGCAAGCACAAACACAGUAUUGAGCACUUACAGUAAGCAAACCAACACAGAGACCGUGGAGAUGCGCUCGGUGGCCAUAGGCGAUGGCAAAGUGAAGGAAGUGAAUUAUUUACCAAAGACUCGGUCCAUUGGAGUAAGCACUUCAGAUUGCGAUUUUGAGAGUUCAUCCUCCACACCCAAGACCAAAGACUUUGGAGUAGGACAUAUCAAUAUCAUGGAUAAUUUUUUGGUAGGUAUGAAAUCGAGAAGCAUAGCUUGUGGAGCCAGCGAGGCACUUCCGCUUGGCACAAGGACCAUAGCUGUAGGCGAUGAACCUUUCCAGGAGCAGGAAUGUAUGCCUGUCAUAAACAAGGAGUCCACACCUGACUCUCCUGCACAAAUUGAUCACUAUAUUGAACGAGUGCAAAAGUUGCUCCAGGAGCAGCAGAUGCUUCUUGCUGAGAACUACACUGAACUGGCAGAAACCUUUGGAGAACCUUAUUCUCAGAUUGGCUCCAUCAACUCUCAACUUCUCAGCACUCUCUCUUCCUUCAACUCUGUAAUAAAGUAUGGUAGCAGUGAAGAAUUGAGCAUCUCUGCCGUUAAGAGACAUUCUGCUGAGAUAGACCCCUCUGCAGGAUCAAAUCUAGAUUUCUCCCCUGAAUCAGAGUUCAUCAAUAAAUAUGCUAAUACCAACACUCAGACUAUUCCCCUUCAACAAACACCCACAGCCGAACAACAGGAGGUGGAGAAUAAAGCUGCCAGCAAAACACCUGCAUGUGCUCCAGCCAACCCCACAGCUGAGGGUGAAACAGAGUCUGUUAGUGCAUCUGGACAGACUACAUUAAAGUCUAUAAUGAAAAGAAAAGACGAGAAAAAGGAAUCCUCAAAUACUAAGAAAAAUCUUCAGUUUGUUGGUAUAAAUGGCGGGUAUGAGACAACAUCUAGUGAUGAGUCUAGUUCUGAUGAUAGCUCCUCGUCAGAGUCAGAUGAUGAAUGUGAAGAUGAAGAAAGCUUUAAUGAAGAGUCUGGGGAGCUGUAUCAGGGUGUAGCCAGUGUCACCCCAGGAUCUCCAAGCAACCUUGAGGAAAAGCAAGUCGAUGAGAAAGAACCUGAAAAAGUGGAAAUCAGGGAACGAUAUGAGCUGAGUGAAAAGAUGCUGUCGGCUUGCAAUAUGCUGAAAGACUCUGUGAGUGAUCCAAAGGCGUUGGCAAACAAGGAUGUGAGGCUGUGUUUGAACACGAUACAAAACGAGUGGUUCCGUGUGUCCAGUCAGAAGUCUGCAGUGGGGACAAUGGUGGAGGAUUAUAUCAGUGCAUUCAAGGACAUUUCCCCUGCUGUAUUAAGCUACAUCAUAAAUAUGGCAGAUGGCAAUGGCAACACAGCACUUCACUACAGCGUGUCCCAUUCCAACUUUGACAUUGUAAAGCUGUUGUUGGAUGCAGAUGUGUGUAAUGUAAAUCAGCAGAACAAGGCUGGCUAUACUCCCAUAAUGCUCGCUGCUCUUGCAGCUGUGGAAGCACCCAAGGACAUGGGGGUAGUAGAGGAACUCUUCAGCUCUGGAGAUGUUAAUGCCAAAGCUAGCCAGGCAGGCCAGACUGCUCUGAUGCUUGCUGUAAGUCAUGGACGUAUAGACAUGGUGAAAGCUCUUUUGGCAUGUGGAGUUGAUGUCAAUAUACAGGAUGAUGAAGGCUCCACAGCACUAAUGUGUGCAAGUGAACAUGGACAUGUGGAGAUUGUGAAACUGCUGCUGGCCCAGCAUGGCUCCAAUGCUGCCUUGGAAGACAAUGAUGGAAGUUCAGCGCUGUCCAUCGCUCUGGAUGCUGGGCAUAAAGAUAUAGCAGUUAUUCUCUAUGCACAUUUAAAUUUUUCCAAAACACCGUCACCCGGCACACCCAGACUCAGCAGAAAGUUUCCUCCAAGUCCAACACAAAGAGGCCCUGUUGACCAUUGAAGCUUAGAUGAAACGUUUCCAUUCUUCUCUCCUCUCUGGGAGCUGCUGCUAACUGUUCAUACUGACAGAUACUGAAUGUAAUGUUCUUGUGCCUGGAUGCACCAGCAGACAUAAGCGAUAUCUGUAUAUAUUAUUAGCAACUGGAAGAAUACGUUAUGCCAUGGCAGUGCCUCUGUGAUUAGCUAGAACAUGGACACUUAUAUUGAUGGACAUAUUUGGAAAGAUGGUUUCCGCCGAGACCCUGGAAUCCAAGCAUCAAACCAUGCAUGUCUUGCAUUGUGGGUAAAAGUGCCAUAUGCCUGCUGCCUAGUUCUACAUGGAGAACAUUUGAUCUUUGCUUCCCAAGGUUCUGAAAUGGGUAUCUUUAUCUGGUACUUACAUCCCCGGCAUUUGAGCUGGCUGUCGGGUGUUGGACGGGACGAGCGCAAGUGGAUAUGUAUGGGUGAAAAAGGAAGCCUCUUUCGGGAUGGGCGUAUUAUGCAAGUUUUAUAUUAAUUUAAGAAAAAAAUCUACAAAUGUUAAAUCAGUAUUUCCUGGAUAUUUUAUAAUACAUAAGAGAAAUAUGAGGUACAUGUCUCGAGUGCAUGUACUCAAACUCUUACGUUUUUAAUAUGUGUAGUAUUGUAUAAUAUCUGUAUAAUGUUUAUAAAAGAAAGUAAGGUCACCAGUUACAAUGUAUGUCCUUUACCUGCUAAUAUAAAAGGAUGUUGAUAUAUAUAUAUAUGCAUAUUUAUAUUAUAGCCUGUCUUGUUUCUUUUUCAGUUGUACGUUUUUAAAUGUUUGAAGUGCCUUAGGCUCUUGCCAUAUCUCCUCAAUAAACGUUUAUUAUAUUGUUUUUAUUCAUCUUA